AUGAAAACAUCGAAAUAUUACAGGAAUCGGGUAAAGGAAGCGAUUGAGGAAUUCGAUUAUUUUUCUCAUUACGGAAAACAUGGCUCAUUAUCGGGUGCAGCAUUUCUUGUGCUUCUGGCAGCUUUCAAAAAGAAUGACGAAUUAUUUCACAAAGCAGUAGAAAUCAUCAAUGGAAAUAUAGAAAGUCGUCUGCAACAAAUCUGUAUUUUGGGUUGCGUGUAUCUCAUUGAAGGAUUUCAUAUACAAUUCGUGGACUUUCUAAGGAAACACGACUACAAUAUAUCAACAGAAGACGUUGAAUUCAUAUGUAAUGUGGCGCGCAAAUGUAAAGAGCCUGCUAUUUUGGAAUCGUUUGUGAGUACUCAUGAAUUAUUCAAAUUGACUGAUAAAUCAAGAGCUCGAAUAUAUGAAAGCUUGAUCGAAAUUCAUGGAAAAGCCAACAAUUUGACCGGCUUAUUGAAAAUAUGGGAACGACUAGUUGCGGAGAAGAAUUUGAAUAAUUUCCGAGUUGUGAUACUAAAACUUGGCCACUUCUAUAAAUGCAAUAAUUUCUCAAUUCCCACUGAUAUGCAGUAUUAUUUGAGACAGUACAGAGAAUAA